CGUUACGUGCAGGGCGUCUGCAGGGGGCACUGGGCGCCGUGUACCUAGCAGAGAGGCGCAGUCUGCCCAGGUUCCCGUACCCUCCCUUGUGCCGUCAUCCCUGGGAGGGGCAAGUGGACAGUCCCGUGUGAGGUAGAGAGAGGAAGAGAACACCCAGGAGAGCCCCGGAGAUAUAAGACACAGGCGGAAGUUCUGGGCAGGAGAUAUCGUCGGUCCCGGUCAGUGCUGCCCGCCCCUGGCACUGCGCUCCUCUCACAGUUGACUGUUUUGGACAUUGGCAUCUUCCAUUUUCAACUUCAAACAAUAUGAGCAACUACAUUGCAUCACUGGUUGGCCCAGCUCCAUGGGGAUUCAGGCUUCAAGGUGGUAAAGACUUUAACAUGCCGCUGACCAUCUCCAGGCUAAAUGACGGAGGAAAAGCUGCUAAAGCAAACAUUGGUAUUGGUGACGUGGUCCUUAGCAUUGAUGGUAUAAGCACUGACGGAAUGACUCACUUGGAGGCGCAAAACAAGAUUAAAGCUUGCACUGGAUCAUUGAGUUUGACCCUUCAAAAGCCUGUGGCGGUACAGAACAAUCCAAACCCUAUACAAACGGAAGCACCAAAAGAAAUUAUAAAGCCUGUACCCAUUGCAACGCCCAUCCCUGCUGUGCCUAAAGUCACCACUACUGCCAGUGUGGCAUACAACAAAGCACCUAGACCAUUUGGAGCCCCAUCUCCUUCCAAGCCUGCAUCCAUCCCUUCACCAUCCUCUGCCUUUACCCCAGCAGUCGCAACCCAAGCCUCCACACAACAGUCUGCUUUAUCCCUGCUUGCUGCUGUAAACCCACCUGCCCCCACUACAGCCGGUUUGCAUGUUGGUUAUAAACCUUCCACUGAUCGCCACUCACCUGUAGCUAAACCUGCAGUCACCAAUGUGCCACGGCAGCCUGCAAACUACAGUUCUACUGUCAACCAGUACACUAAUAAUGAUGCUACCAAUGUGCAAAGAAGAGGACAAAAGGAAAAUCUGGGUGACAAAUCACAUAAUGGCCCACCUCGCCAGCAUGUCAUGGAUGUUGAUAACAACUUCCAUCAUACACCAACUUUCAGUGAUGCAAGCAAGAAGCGACUUAUAGACAACACAGAAGACUGGCACCCACGCACUGGUACCACCCAGUCCCGUUCCUUCCGUAUCCUUGCUCAGAUGACUGGAACAGAAAAUCUUACAGAACCAGAACCUGAAAAUGUGAAUGUGAACAAGGAAAGCCAAGUUAUCAAUGGAGAUGUCAGUAUGUCUGCAGGUCCUCCAAUUAUUACGGACAGUGAAGCGUUUCCUGUGGGUGUAGCCAUAUGCUCAGUGGGUACUCAGACAGAGAGUGUUCUAGAAUCCACAAGUGAACCUCCAACUGUAAAUCCAUCUGUGCUGAGAUCAGAAACUUCAUCUUUAGACAAAGCAAAAGACGAGGGGAUACUUCCAGUGUUUCGUUUUAUUGCCUCUCCGGAAAAAACAUCCAUUGAUCCUGGUCUAUCAAAUAGUUCACCAGAGAGAAAAGCUUUAUUUGACAAUCCUUUGGAAUCCUUACCAAAAUGUGCACCUUUCCCUCCUCCUACUGUUCGGACCCUAAAUGUCCUUAGUGAAGUAGCUACAAUAUCUAAGACCGCCUCAGCCUACAUGAGACGGUCCACUAUGAUUGUUCCCAGUCCAGUGCGGGAAAAUCCAUGUUCAGAGAUUUCAGUAAAAAAUGGAAUGAAUGUGAAGGUUGGUCUUAGACAGAAGUGUACUAUUUCAACUCAGACUUGUCAUCCUCCUGAUCCCCAACAGUCAUCCCCUUUUCAUGCCACAGAGGCUGUUGUAUCCAAAGAUUAUUCACCUUCCAAGGCACUGAGCAGAAAUGUGAUUAUGAGCAGCUCUGGAGAACAGACUUCUGUCAUACAUUCAUUUCGGUCAUAUACUUCUUUGACUCAAACAAGGGAUACAUUUACUUGCAUUAAAAAAAGUUCAAUGGAAAACCCUCUGGACAAACUUCCAAAGUCUGCUCCCUGCCCUUCUCCGGGGCUUUUACCACUUAAGGUGCAAAGUUCAAAAAGUAAAUCAAAUGCAAUUGCUACAGUGUCUGCCGCUGUGAGUGCACAGGCAAGAUUGUCUGACCCCUUUGUCUAUCGUUCUCUCUUGGACGCUCUUCUCAUAGAACCUGUUAUUAAACCAUCUUUUCCAAGUUCUAAGUUAGCAAGGAGAUCCAAUGGCUUGGUGGGAAGUGAACAAUUUAUGAGUGAUUCACUUGAGCCUGCACCAGUCACUGGGAUUAUUGGUGCAUCUUCAAAGAUUAUGCCUGCUUCCUACAACCCUAAACCAUCUGUGUAUAAGCCCAGUAGUUCAACCACUGCAGCCAAGCCAGGAAACUGGCAACCAGGUCCGUCAACUGGAAGGGUUACAAAUGCACCAGUAAAACCAGCAGCCAAUAACAAGCCUUUUGCUCCACCUCCUGUAGAUGAUCAAGACACACUUGUCCAAAGGGCAGAGCAUAUACCCGCUGGAACACGUACCCCAAUGUGUGCCAUUUGUAACCUAGUCAUUAGAGGUCCAUUUUUGUUGGCUUUGGGGAAAUCCUGGCAUCCGGAGGAAUUCAAUUGUUCUCACUGCAAGAAGAGCAUGGCUGAGAUGGGAUUUGUGGAAGAGAAAGGUUCACUGUAUUGUGAAAUUUGCUAUGAGAAGUUCUUUGCACCAGACUGUGCUCGAUGUCAGCGAAAGAUUCUUGGUGAAGUCAUCAACGCUUUGAAGCAGACCUGGCAUGUCUCCUGUUUUGUAUGCAUAGCCUGUCAAACUCCUAUCCGUAACAGCGUCUUCCAUUUGGAAGAUGGAGAUCCUUACUGUGAGACCGAUUAUUAUUCCUUGUUUGGUACGAUGUGUCAUGGAUGUGAGUUCCCUAUUGAAGCUGGUGACCGGUUUCUUGAAGCACUGGGCAAUACCUGGCAUAAUACUUGCUUUGUCUGCUCUGUGUGUUGUGAAAGUUUGGAGGGCCAGACAUUCUUUUCAAAGAAGGAUAAACCACUUUGCAAGAAGCACGCUCAUGCUGUUAACAUUUGAAGGCUUUCCACACCUAAAUGUGCCUUAUCGCCACAAACUACUAUGACAAAUUGAUAUAGCCAUUAUAAUUAUUGAUGAUUUAAUAGACUGCUCUUCUUCAUAUAUGUAAUACAUUGUAUAAAAAAAGUCUAUAUUUUAGACACAACUUGGACGUAUGCAAGAUUAUCUAGUACAAUCAGUAUGAGUUUCCUUAAAGGGGUUAUCCUGAAUUAAAAAAAACAUGUUUUCUUACAAAAACAUUGCUAUACCUGUCCCCAGGUUGUAUGUGUUAUUUCAACUCAGAGACAUUUACUACAAUGGAACUUAGCUGCAAUUCCGCACACAAACUAAGGACAAGGGUGUGCCGUUUCUGGAAGAAAGCAGCCAUGUUUUUCUAAUCCUGGAUAAACCCUUUAAAGAAACACUCCCCGCAAAAGUGUUAUGUUGAGAGAUGGCCUGUUAGCCACCUCUAUUGUGUAUGAUGUAGUAUAUUUAGUUUCUUUAUUGGUGCCUGUUUAUUGUCUCAAACCUGGUCCUGACUGUGAUCACGUGAUCGGUACUCCUUCUACGGGAACUUGCAAGUAUUCGUGUGCACACUUCCUAUUGAAUUGGUUUGCUUCUCAUUUAAGUUAUAAAGAUGGUGACUUCUCUUGCAAAUAUAACUUUUUGCAGGUUUCAUAUUUGCUGAUCACAUGAACCAUGUCAGGACCAGAACAGCGCCAACACCUAGCGGAUAAAGACAUCAGUAAAGAAACUAACUACAUUGCAUUGUACAUUAGAGAGGUGGCUCAUGGGCCCCAAAAUAUGCCUUUUGCUGGGAGUGCGUCUUUAAAAUAUAGCCAUGCAUUAAUUUAUAUGGGUCUCUGUACAGUGAUGGGGUGAAAUACUUUCUUGUACAUGCAUCCUUGCAAAUAUACCUUUGCCAAAUGUCUUUUCAGGUAAUUUUAUAUUUUGUAAGUUUUUGAAUGUAAUUUCUUAUGACAGUUGCUUGAAUUUGGUAAAAGGGAAAUUGAAAUUUCAUACAGGAAUUUAAUUACCUGUAAAUAUUGGAAUUUAACUUUUUUUUUAUAUUUAAAACACUUUUAAUACUAAAAUAGACUUUAUUAUACAUUUUAACAUGUCUGAUUAAACCCUUUAAAACAGAUCUGUCAGAGAGGCUGAGCUUUAGGAUAUAUAAGUUAGAGUUUAUAGACUCAGUAGGGCAGAUUUACUUUAUCAUACAUAACUUGUACAUUCAUAAUGAGCUUUCGACACUUUUCCCAGUGUCUGACAAAGGGGCACAGUCUCAGGGUGUGGUUUAUUUAAUAGUACAGUAGAUUAAGAUGCAUAAACCAUACGUCAAGAUUUUUGGUCAGUAUUCUCCAAUUAAUAGUAUAAACUUAGACUAGACAGUUCUAAGAAUGCAACAGAUAUUUCAAAUAACCCUUUGAUAAAUCUGGUGUAGUCUAAAUUACAUACUGUAGUUUGUAACCCUAAAAAAGGAACAGGUCUAUCCAGUUUGACCGUUAACACAUCAAUUUCCAAAUUGUGGCCAAUUAUUUUGAUAUAAAAACCUAAUAAUUGCUGCAUGGAACUUUUUUGCAAGGAAAUAAACAAUAAGAACCUAGAAAACAAUAAAUCCAUUAGCACAACAUCUCCUUCUCUAUAAGACAGGGGAGCAUAGGAGACAUGGGAGGGCUGAUCUAAAAUGCUUAAUGUAUGAUGAUAUUUCUCAAAUAAUAUAGUCACAUACAGUAUCAGAUUUAAUAUAUUUACUUUAUUUUAGGAUCCACUAGACCAUAAGAUAAUUAGUCAUAAAAAGAAGUUAAAAAAGGCUAAAACUAUUUGUGAUGUAAAUUUUCUAUGGGCAAUUUUUAUUUAAUAUGUUGCACACACAGUAUUAUAUCAAAGUCAUCAUUAUAUCAAAGCCAUCAUACUGCCAUUCACAGUGCCCUAUCACAUUACAGUACCAGGUACAGUGCCAACCAGAAAAGGAGUGCAGAGGCAGGAGCUACUGCCGGUCAGUGCAUAGAGAAGGAUGGUGUCCUGGCAUCUUCUGUUGUAAACAUGGGGCAUGUGGCGACAAGGUCCGGGUAGAGCAGUCACAAGCCUUGUAUACAAUUGUUUUUUAUGGCUAGGGUCUUGGCAGCGCAGACACUCUGUGUGUGUGUACAAGUCUGUUAUUUGCUCACUGAAAAGUCAGAUUUUACAGCCUGCGCGUAAUACGUGACUGUUCAGUAAGAAGAUAGCUCAGAUUCUGUGCACACUGUACAGUACAUUGCUUCUCCACAGCUGCACAGCAUGAACCUUAGGUAAACAUGGCGCUCAGAUUCUCCUUGUUUCUGCUGCAUGAUUUUUAAGUAAUAGACACACCAGGGGACUGCUACACAGUUUUUAUGACAAAAAAAACGUAUGCUUAGUAAUCUGAACAAUACAGUAAAUAUCUGGAUCCUUUAGGCAUAGAAUUUCUGGCACCUUAAACAAAAAUGUUGGUGUCAGAAAAAGUGGUAAAGUGGUGGGACUACUUUAAUAUAUAUGGGAUACAUGCUUAAUGUCCUGCUUAAUGCAAUAACACUAAAAAAAAACUUACAACCAUUGCAGACACCCCUGAGUGUCGUCCUUUCACCACUUUAGCACUGUGUGUAUCUGUGAUUAUGUAUGAAAAUAAAUAUAUAAUGGCAUGAUAUAUAUUAAUACAUCAACUGGUUUUCCGAUAUUAAUUUCCCUGUAACACAGCCUCCUAAAGGCAGAGGCUUGGUCAGGAUGACGUUUUUUCAGCAUAGUUGGAAUAGCGGAAAUAUCCCACAGAACUUGCUGUAGGAUGUCACUUUUCUAAGGCAAGGCAGAAGUGGUAUGAAUUUGCAUUUUAUUAACAUGUGCGCAUUAUUUUUGUGCCUCUUUAAAAAAGGUGCAGUUAAUAAAUCUUGUCCACUGCAUAGUCAAGAAUAAAGCACUGCAUUUAACAGUCACUUUUGCCAAAGCUGUCUAUUUUUAAAGGGCGCAAUUUUUUUGCGCAUAUACUUACUGUGCAAAAUAAAAUGUUGGCAUACUUAGAAAAUAUAUGUGUAUAUUCAUCAGAUAUUACCUCAAAAGGAAGAUAACUAGUAUCUACUGAGUUCUUACAUAUUACAUAUUCAGUACAGGUUUGCUGUUUUUGCAAGAACAAGACAAACUAAAGUCUAUGAUAUAUAUAUAUGAAUUCUUAAUACUGCUUAAAGUCCUCACCCUAUGCCUCUGUGUGAGACCCAUCCAAAAACAUCAUCCUACUAGUAUAGUCUUAGCUUUUAUUAUUGUUGUGUAAGAUCAUGCUAAUUGAAGUAAUUUAUUUUCACACUUUUUAGUUGAUAAUGGUUCAUUUUUUUUUAUAGGAUAGUAGUAUAUAAGAUUAGUCAUCCUUUCUUAGUAGGCAGCACAUAGACACGACCAUUGUUUAUACAAACAAGGAUAUAAAAAAUGCUUUUAAAAGCUGAUGGUAUAUUUAAAGUGUACCUGUCAUUUAGAAAAACUCCUGGCAUGUCCCAGAGACAGGUCAAAGUUUUGAACUGUUGGGGUCUUAAUGCUGAGACCUUCACCGACCAAGAGAAUGAGCAGGGAGAAGCACACAGCAGCGCACUUCACUCCUCUUCUUGCAGCGAUCUCCUUCCAGCUACUUUGAAUGGCCCCAUAGAUGUAUAAUGGGGCCACAGGAUGGAGAUCAUGCUAGCCUGGGAGUGAAACACUCUUCUCCCCACUCCAUCUUCUGAUCUGUGACGGUCUCAGUAUUGACAUGUCUCUGUAGCAUAUCAAACACAUUUUAAAUGGCAUGUACACUUUAAGGGUUUGCACUAGUAGCUAAGUAGAGAGGCCACAGUGCAAACAUUUAUGGGAUAAUGAUGGGGGAGCAAUUGAACACGUGAGUGAACAGAAGAUAGUUUGUGAAUAUAUUUGGUGAGAUUCAUCAAAACCUGUGUAGAGUAAGAGUGCUGCAGUUGCCAAUAGCAACCUAUGAGAUUGCUUCAGGUCUCUGAAAAAUCAAAGCCCCUAUCUGAUUGGUUGCUAUGGGCAUCUGUGCUCUUCCUCUACACGGGUUUUGAUAAAUCUCCCCCAUUGUAUCUUGAAAUACUAGAUUUUGCAAGCUGGUUGACAUUUAUUGGCCUCCCAGUAUAUAAUAAUUAUAUAUUCUGAAUCUGCACAUUAAAUCACCGAUGAGGAGAAAGUGGAUUGACAACAUAUUUCUUAAAUAUUAAUUUUAUAUAUUUGUAACCUUUUAAAAUAUUUACAAACAUAAAUAAAACAAGGAUUGAUAAGGAGUGAUUUCUCAAAGUUUCUUUGUAUUAUACAGUUAAUAGCUUAUUGAAGGAUCUCUAUA